AUUUUGGAUGUCGAGAAGCGGCAAGCUGAAGUGGCGAAAAAACGAAAAUUAAACCGAAAUAAACGCUAUAAAUUUUUGUUUUGCUUUGUUUCUUUUAUAAAAAUAUGAUACACUGGGUCCUCAUUUAUAAGGAUUGAUAUAAAUUCAGCGUGGAUGGUUAGUUUUUGUAUGCAUUUUUGUAGAUUUUUAUGAAGCUUGUAUGUCGUUGUAUACCUGGGAAAAUCCAUCAUGGCGGACCUGUCAUGUAAAAAUACCGCAUCGGUAUAAAGCAUUCAUCACCAUUUUAUUAUUGUUUUUAGUGUCUGUUUGGUAGCACCUGAUGGGAUGCGUAAUAUUUUGCUGAGAAUCGUCGUUAUUUCCGUUUAUAAUGUCAGAAAAUUAUAAUUUCCUACUUGAUAAUUGUGGAUAUUUUGCACAAAAUUGGAUUUCUGGUGUGUUAGCGUGUGUGAAUUGCUCAAGAGCUUUGGAACCAUUAGCAGGAAAGUGGGUUAUUAACCACUUGUUGCAGUAAUCGCUGGUUUCAUGGCUCACCAGCCUGGAAUAGGCCGUGGUGUGGGUCCAGGGGGGACGCCAUAUAGCUUUGACCCCAUGCACCAACCGGACCAGCAUAUGCAGACCCACUUGCAAUCACCUCGUGCCGAACACUAUCCGCCAACAAGUCCAAUUUUCACUGGCACACCUACAUUGUCUGGACCUGUAACGCCAUCGUGUACGACGCCACCUAUGGGAACAACCAGUAUCCCCCGUUACCCUCUAAGGUCACCCACACACCCGAUGUAUCCAGGGGACCAGCAUCGUGUUUCACCUGUGAGUGCGAGAAACAUAAUGGAUCCUAGUUUACAAAUGCAUUAUCAAUAUCAGCAACUUUUCCAUGGUAGACGACCUAGCUACUCCGAAGAACAGCCAAUAACCUCAUCCCCUGGGGGCACACACCAUCUCCCUGGCUACCCCACAAGUGUGAUGUCACAGCAGAUGCCCAGCGUACCACCUUAUCCAACUCAAAAUAUCCAAAAACGUACCCAACCUGUGAAAGGUGGCACAAGACGAAAUCCUGGCCUACAGAUUGACUUUUCUCCAACUAAAGCGGCAGAAAUGGGUCAUGAGGGAUAUCCGCCAUCUACUAGCUCACCCUAUCCCCCACAGAUGCUGAGGUCUCCUGCCUAUCCUACCAUGCCCCAAAGCGUGGCUAUCCCAGGGAAUGCCAGUGAGGAGGUCAAAGAACUGAGACGGAAAGUUGUCGAAUAUUUUUACCAAAAUAUAGAACUUCUGAAAAAGCGAUAUCAGCAUAGCCUACAGGAGUUAUUCUUCCUGCAACACGGUGGAAACAUCAUAGAUUUUCACUUAUGGCGACGACGUCCAACACCACAGUGGAUUAAUUAUCAGGCCACUCAUAAGCUUGAAGACGAGAUUGAUUUCUUUGUGACUUCAAAUCCAAUGGAAAACACACAGGUUCAAAAUGUUGGGAAUGAUUACAUCACUUUGCAACAUAAGUUCUAUCCUGGGAACAUUACACCAGGAAACGUUCAACAAGGUAAAAUGCUUUCCGCAAGUGGGUUAGGGUUCGGGAAUUCCCAGCGUGCUCACAAUCCGCAUUCCUCAAGUCAUGUCCCCGGUAAUCCUAUUGGAGGCCAUAUAGACCUUGCAACCUCUAAACUGUUUAUGUCUAAGGAUGCGAAUUUCGGGCCUGCCGUAAUCCGGCAACUUAGUGGACAUAAUUCGUCAAGUAGUACACAAGACGAUUUAGCUAGUGCUAAGGCACUUGCAUUCAAUAACUCGAAAGAGGAUAUCAUGCUUGAAGCCAAGCGGGAAGCAGAUAUUUUGAAGAGGGUUUCUGAACUUAGAAAAGAGGGAUUAUGGUCCCCAAAGCGUUUGCCGAAGGUUCAAGAGCCGGGUCGAAAUAAAUCCCAUUGGGAUUACGUCUUGGAAGAGAUGGCGUGGUUGGCGACAGAUUUUGCACAAGAAAGACGAUGGAAGAAAGGCGUUGCUAAAAAGGUAUGUCCCAGGGCAACCAUUUAGCCAGACAGCUGCCCAACUGUCCUGUGGACGGCUACUUUUUAAUUUAGACAGCCAAUUCUGAAAAAUAAAUACUAGCAACUCGCAUGCUUUGUAAUAUAUCUUGAAUACCUUAAAAAUUGUCAGCUGCUAAUCACUUUAUAUAUUGCAUACUAGACUUGGGCGGUUUUUCGGGGUUUUUUCUUUUUUAUUUUCAAACUGUUUUUUUAUGGAAAAACCCUCAUUACAUAAUUGUUUACUGUCAUGGAUCUUAAUUCUCAAAACAUGACACUAAUUAAACUCAAUUACAUGACACUAAAUAAAAAUUCUAUUCAUACUGUUCGUUUGCUUAUGUAAAAAAAUACCACAAUUCCUCCUCAUUCAGUUGAAGUAAAAAUUAAAGGGAAAAACCCAGUUUUUUGGUUUUACCGGUUUAGAAUCAGAUGGUUUUUCGGUUUUGAUUUUAAGCAAAAACGCCCAAGCCUGUUGCAUACAUGUUGUCAUUUUUGUCGACAAGACACCAGUUGACCACGAAAACUAUCAUCCAUAAAAAUGAGUGCCCCCACCCACAGUAUUUUUUGGACAGCUAGUUUUGACACCCUGGCUAAAAGUCUGUCCCAGGGUGAGAAAUCUAAAUUUUUGUUCUGGAUUCAGUUAAUUAACUGGGAUCCACAAACUUUUAUUCCAUAGCCAUGAACAUAGAAAGGCUGAUUAUUUUCAAGGUGACUGACUCACAAGGAGACCACCAAAGACAUUUAAUCCUAAUAUUUAAUUUUUAAGAAAAUAUAAAUAAAAUCUUCAUGUUUAAAUGUUUAGCUAAGCAAAGCAGUUUUAAGAUACCAUCAAGAAAUCAAGACCAAGGAAGUGAAAGCCGAGAAGGAAUCGACUGUCAAGCUGCAGAAGAUUGCCAGCAGUAUAGCUAAGGAAGUUCGUCAGUUUUGGUUGAGCAUUGAGAAGGUAUAUCAAAAUCCUUUAACUCUUUCUGGAUCUAACAUUUAAAAGUAUACGACUUUGGAAUCGGGAGACUUUGUUGUGGAAAUGAUGCGCCUGCGAUGGAACAGUACAGUAUUAAUUUAAAGAACGCUUGCUGUCAAACUAGAACUCCCUGGCAUAAAAAGCACGGCUUUUGGGUGACAAAACCCAAUUUAAUUUGUCAACGCCAACAAUAGAAAAAUGUUUACGCCCUUUGGAAACUCAACACGCCCGCCAAAAGUUCACAUUAUGCCCCUAGCAAUGGCGUGUUUUCAAGGAAUGAACACUUUCUUUUCAAUGAUGUAAGAGCAUGUUUAAAAUGUAACCUGCAAGCUCAAAUGCAAUUGGCUAUAACUAUAGUUUUAUUCCCAUGCUCAUAUCAUUUUCACAGUCGUAUCUUUUAAGGUACUGAGUUAUAAAUGUCCACAAUUUUUAAAGGUUGUGCAAUACAAAGUGCAAAGCAGGAUAGAAGAGAAACGAAAGAAGGCAUUGGAUGUUCAUUUGAACUUCAUUGUUGGUCAGACUGAGAAAUAUUCAUCAUGGCUUGCGGAGAGCUUGAAAGAAGCUAAACCAUCCAGUAGUGUUGCUAGUUCAGUGGCAUCUUCAACCGCUGCGUCUUCGCCUAUGUCAUCCCGAGAAGAAGAUACAGGUAGAAUGCAUCUUUAAUAUUGCAUUCCUAAAAUGUUGUUUCUUAAGCCCCGUUUACACUACGCUCAAUUUUUGGUACGGCACGGAUAAAAUUGGUACAUUGAGCGUAGUGUAAACAGGGCUUUAGAUGAGAAAGAUUGUGACUAAGUAAUCUUUACAACCGUUACGACCAUAAUAAAACCAGGCUUAACAAUGGAUGUAUUUAUAAUGUUAGGUGACGAAAGUGAUACGAAUGUUACAGAUGACACUGAUGAUGAAGAAACCAUUGAAGUUGAAGAAUCUUAUGAGACCAAGGUGCGUGGGUUUACAUGUUACGCCAUUACAGUUUGUUUACAAAUUAAAUUAGCACUCAUGUAAACUCAAAAGAUUUCGAAUAGAGCAAAGAUAUUUAAACCAAAAGCAUUAGAGUUUACUAUUUUAAACCUGAGAUUCUUUGUUUGCAAGUGGUACAGAAACGUAAUGUCAGCGUUUGUGUUCACACGAAGCCGCCAAGCGCUCCGUUUUCAUCUCGCUUGUUUUCAUCAGCUCUGUUUCGAAACCGUGCUCAAAUUGUUAUGGCAAGAGUAAUCCUUGUCAAAAUGAAUGAUAUAGAACUGAGUUAUUUUGAGGCAUGCUAUAUUGAUCAGUUCUUCUAAUACCUGACAGGAAUUCAAAAGUGCUGAAGAUGAAAUCUCGGCAUUACAACGUGAAAGUGAGAUUCCAAUUGAUGAUCUUCUGGAAAGCUUGCCACUUGAAAUGUUCACAGAACAUAAAACGGAAUCUGAUGGUGGUGAGGCUGGUGGUGAGGCUGGUGGUGGUGGUGAGGCUGGUGGUGAUGGUGAUGAUGAUGAUGAAAAUGACAAAGACAAGUAUGAUUUAGCAGGCUAUACUAAGAGUUCCAAAAAGCAGGAGCCCUCGAAAACAAGGUUGGCAUUCGGCAAUACCGACCUAAAUGCCAUCCUAUCAACCUCCCAGGUUGGCAAAUUUUUGCCGACCUUAAUUCAGCCAAAGUAAGAAUUUUUUUGUUGCUGAUAGCUGUUAAAAAGUCGGUGAUUAUAGAAUUCGAUUUGUAGUUCGAUUAACUAAACACACUUUGGUGUAAGGUUUAAAAAUUGACAGGUAUUCUACAUAUAUUUUAGGUAAGAAUCCAAAAGAAAGGCUGUCGUGUUACUGUAGAUCGUGUGAUUUCAAUGAUUCGUAAAUACGUGAUUACUAGUUCUCCAAGACAUAGAAACAGAUUUUAAGAUUGCCGAGACGUGCCGACCCAAGUCAGAUUUAGGUCAGCAUUUUUUUGCCGACCCCAAUUUUGAUGGUUUUCAAGCGCUGCUACCAGGCUGUUAGCCGCAGUCAAGAAUUACAUGCCGAUUAUGCUUUAACCAAUCAGAAUUAUCGGAAUAUUUGGCACGGUUUUAACCAAUCAGAAUUAAUUAAAUUGUCUAAAAUGCUAUACAAGAAAGCACAAUUUAUUAGCAGGCCAGGUUCCGUUUACAAGUUGGUAUUAUUAAACUGUUUAUCCAGGAAUGUUGAAACCAGAGAGGCAAAAGAUGGGGAGCCAUCCACAUCGUCAGCCGAGAAAGAAAGUGAAAAAAUGAGUGACGGUGACACAGCCCAGUACGUAUUAUUAUUAAAUUGUAUUUCUUGUCCCGUAACUGCAGAAAAAAAAUAACGGGAGAUACUUGUAGGUCUCUGGUAAAAAUAACCGGUCAACGUGAUUUUAGCUCGGUCAAAAUCUGUUUUUGACCGGUCAUUGAUACGCUUACACUAACAGUGAAACAGACUGUUAGAAACUUGUGUCGAUAUAUCAUAGUUUCAUGUUUUAAUCCAAGACGUCAACAAUCGCAUUGGAAGGGGUCAUUUUUGGCCAGUCAUUGUCCGUUCACCGGCCGUUAUUUUGAGCCCUGCCGUAAACCAUCCCAGUGAAAUGGUAUGGUUAUUUGUAGUGACAAAGAUGAUGAAUUUGUGCUGAGGGAUACUAUGGUUGAUGUGGACGAUGAAGGAACAUUAGAUGAAGAAGAGAAUCUGGGAGGAAAAGAAGAUCAUAGUGAAGAAUUAUCACAGUUAGAAAAGGAAGGUUAGGUUUAAAAAUGUAUAACAUUUACACUCGAAAUUCCUCCUACAAAAACCUUUCAAGAUUUUUAGUUCUAUUGUUAAAACUGUGUAGAGUUAAGAGCAGGGAUGGAUCCAGCAUGAUCUGGUGGGGGGCGGGGGGUCCCGGGGUGCUCUGCCAGCUCUGGUGCUGAGUUGUGUCGGUGAUGUGUGCCGCCCGCCCAUCAACUUGCUUCACUACUACAAAGUCUUGCUUGACUACAGUAUUUGAAUUGUAAUUGUUGUUCACAGUUCGCUUAUCACUCAAAUUACUGUAUCUCAUUUUGUCUCUAAUAAUUUUUUGCUUUAUCAUGAAAAAUAGCACCCCCCCUUCACCCCCUCUGGCCAGGGCUAGGGGGUGUGCACCCCCCCUCCCAGUAAAUCCAUCCCUGGUUAAGAGAGCAAGCCUUAGCAAUUUAACACUCCAUAGGGAUGGACCAUUAGGAAACAAAGAAAAUAUCUCCGCAAAACAAUUUCAUAACAAGUACACAGCUGUAAAAAAUCAUGCAAGCUGAAAUCCCUCCAUCCCCCCUCCAUCACUUUUCUAAUGGUCUGCCCUUUAAUUGUGGUUGGUCAUGAAUUAUUAAUAACAUAUUUUAUUCAGGUGAUUUACCAAUCGAAGAACUUCUUAAGCAGUACAACGUUCGUGAAGAUUACGACGCCGAUGAAGAUUACGAUGUUGAUGAAGUACACAGAGAUGAAUACAGUGAAGAAAGUUCUGACGAAGGUUCAAUACACAAAUUGACAUAUAAAAUCUGCUAGAUUUUAGCAUAUCACUUGACCAGCUUCUACCAGGGUUUUUCCUCCCCAAGAGGGAAGACCCUGGGUACAGGGUUUUAUCGGUCUCACAGAUGAAAGGCUCUUACAUUAACCAGUGCAUCACCAACAUCUUUAUUUGUUAUGUGCUUCUGUAGACUCGAGUGAAGAAGAAGGGAUGGAGAUUCUGUUGCAAAGUGAUGCCGCUCAAGAGACGUCAGCGAAACCUAACACACAUGUAAGCUUAGCAAUGUUUAUAACAUAACUUUUAAUAUGAAACAUUUGGGCUGAAAGUAGUGCAUUUUCCUGUGUGUAAUACAAAUUAAUACAAAAUUUGCAAAUUUUCGCAGGGCUAUAUUUUCCUCAUUUUUCAACAUUUGGCAACCAAACUAUGAAAUGUUACAAAUUUUAACAUGCUCUUUCUAGCUGUGGUGAUGGAUUUUGUUGUUCUUGCCUAGAUCAAAAUUUAGUCAGUAGCUGAAUAGAGCAAAAUUUAGUCUAUUGAAUGCAAACAAAUUUACAUUGUUUUAGUCUGAAAGUCCCAAUCAAGAACUGACGGAUGCAGCAGCUACAGCUGAAAGUCUGCAACCAACUGGUUACACGUUGGAGACAACACAGGUGAGUGAAUCACAUCUAAAUGAGGUGCAACUUACUCAGACUCAACGUACUGUGCUUGUGAUUAUCAUACAAACAACACAAAUGCUAAUAGAGUAUUGUAUAAGCUAUUGCAAGGUUGCCUUGAGUUGGAUAAAACUCGCUUUGGCUCGAUAGUUCAAUAUGAGUACCAAUACAUUGGUCUCAACGAGUUGCAUGAGAAUGUUUGAAUGGUAUACUAACAUGUAUGUAGUUCUGAAGUUAAGGACUGUAGUCUUUACUAUAACUCACUAUUUAGGUAAAAACACCAACACCAUUACUACAUGAUGGUACCUUACAUGAGUACCAAUACAUUGGUCUCGACUAGCUGGUCACCAUGUAUGAAAAAUGUCAAAUGGUAUACUGGCAUCUAGUCCAGUGUUAAGUACUGUAGGCAUACUGUAUCUGUAGCUCCACUGCUUAGGUAAAAACACCAACACCAUUACUACAUGGUGGUACCUACAUGAGUACCAAUACAUUGGUCUCAACUAGCUGGUCACCAUGUAUGAAAAAUGUACGAAAUGGUAUACUGACAUCUACUCCAGUGUUAAAGUACUGUAGGUAUACUGUAACUCCACUGUUUAGGUAAAAACACCAAUACCAUUAUUACAUGGUGGUACCUUACCUGGCUGGGUACCAUCUGUGAUCAUUGUCUGAAUGGUAUACUUCGAUGACUAUAGUCCUAACUGGACUCUGUUGUUUAGGUCAAAACACCAAUACCAUUUCUCCUACGUGGUGGUACCCUACGUGAGUACCAAUACAUUGGUCUCGACUGGCUGGUCACCAUGUAUGAGAAGUGUCUGAAUGGUAUACUGGCAGACGAAAUGGGUCUUGGUAAGACAAUCAUGACCAUUGCAGUUCUGGCUCACCUUGCGUGUGAGCGAGGCAGCUGGGGACCACAUCUGAUUGUGGUACCAACGAGUGUGAUGUUAAACUGGGAGAUGGAAUUUAAGAAAUGGUGUCCUGGCUUCAAGAUUUUGACCUACUAUGGUAGCCAGAAAGAACGGAAAAUCAAAAGAACGGUAUGGCAUUUUUUAAAGGCGAUACCGGAUUCACUUUUUACGGCACCAACAUAUGUCGUCCAGGAGUAAUAGACAGAUUUAGAUCGAGGACGUGGACGUCAAAGACGACGUGAAAAUGGCGUAGCAUAUCCAUACAUGGGCACAACACGCCAUUUUCCACGUCAUCUUUGACUUCCGCAUCCUCUAUCUAAAUCUGUCUAAUGUCUACCACUGGCCCACAAAGUUUCCCACUUUAACAGUUUUAUUUUGUCAUGUCACAAUUUUAAGUGUUAAGGGGGGAGUACACCUUAAAUUUUACAUUUGCGACAUCAUGUUAUUGUAUCGGCUCUUAAUAUUGAUAGAUUAUUGCAAUUGCAACAUGCUAUACAUCAUUUCAAAGCUUAUUAGAUGCUGAAAACGAUUAUAAAAAUACUGGGUUACAAAAGUUAAUUCAUCAUAGGAAAAAGUGCUUGGAAACAUGACAAAAUCUAUUUUUCGGCAGUCCAUCUUCAAAUUCUAUCUUGUCAGAGGCCACCUAUCAUAGGCUAAUGAUAAUUAUUUCUUUAUAUUUAGUACACUUUAGAGAAAAAAAUGAUGGAUGCUUUUGGAGUAACUAGGUUUCUUGUUCCCAUGGGAACCACAUGAAUACAAGUAACAUUUCACUGUGGGGUAAAAUUUGUCUAAAAUGUUAAGGAAGUAACUAAUU